AUGACUUUUAUUAAACUGCCUUUUUUAUCUGGACUUACUGGAAAACCAGGUUUCCCAGGACCUCCGGGACUGCCGGGACUUCCCGGACAUGAAGGACCCCUCGGUCGCCCAGGACUCCCAGGAUGCAACGGGACAAAGGGCGAUGUUGGUUACCCAGGGUUUCCCGGGGUUUCAGGACCUGUCGGCCUUCAAGGUGAACCAGGACUGCGAGGUGCAAAGGGAGACACGUUGGCCUUUUCCAGGCCUCCGGAUAUUAAAGGAGCAACAGGACCACAAGGACCAAACGGAGUAAAGGGGCUAAGUGGAGAUCCAGGGAAACGCGGCCCGCCAGGACCACCAGGACCCGCCGGGCUUCCCGGAAGUCCAGGGUUUGCGGGGUUACCAGGAGAAAAGGGUCAGGAGGGCCCCAGUCCAGUGAUACCAGGCCCCCGCGGACAGAGGGGUGAUCGCGGUCCGCCGGGCAUCCCUGGACAAAAAGGAAUUAAACUUUAUGCUGAAGGAUCCAAAGAACUGAAGGGAGAACCAGGUGAAGUUGGAAUGAAAGGUUGUCGUGGACUUCCUGGUUUGCCGGGGAGACUGGGGGAUAAAGGUGGUAAGGGCGGGAUAGGUGAUCCUGGCUCACUGGGUAAACCGGGGAAGGAUGGAACUCCAGGAGAGCUGGGACAACAGGGAGACCCAGGGAAUCGUGGGUACCUCGGUCCUCCAGGAAUUGAGGGAGCCACGGGAGAGAAAGGUGAUCGGGGUUUCCCAGGUCUUCCAGGAGAGACGGUCUGGAUCCACACCGUUCUGAAGGGCCAGCGCGGUGUCCCCGGGCCCCCCGGACCACCAGGAGUCCAAGGACAACAAGCUGAUGAGCCAAAAGGCGUCCAGCUUUGUCACCAUGUUCGUACACCGACCCCCGAGAGCGAAGGAGAAGCUGUUCAGCCUCAGAAGUGA